GCGGGGAAGCGGCGGCCGUUAGGAAAAUGGCGCCGUGCGGCCCGGGGCAGACCCCCGUCACUGGUCACCGCCGCCUUCCUGGCGCAGCUGCUGUGUCACGGCCACACCGGCCGGCUGUACAGCAGGCAGGAGCCGGUGACCAUUCUGGAGGCGGAUGGGGUUAAGGACCUGUUUGGGAACUGGUCGGCCGCCUGGGUGGUGGAGUUCUACUGGUCGUGGGGCGGCCCCUGUGUCAACUAUGGGGCCACCUGGAAGGUACUGGGCCCGGGAGGUGAAAGGAUCUGAGGAUGGAAGUUUCAAAAUCAACAGAUGAAGGCCUUAUGCCCAAAACGUCGACUCUCCUGCUCCUCGGAUGCUGCCUGACCUGCUGUGCUUUUCCAGCACUGCACUUACUGAUUCUGACACUCCAGCAUCUGCAGUCCUUACUUUGACAUCCAUGUCUGACAGUCAUUCAAUCCAAUCCAUCGGGACCGCAACAGUUUGCAACUAUGAUUCUGUGAGGAGCAAAGCUGUUUGGUUCCUAUUUGGGUACGUUUUCAGCGUCAGUGGGACUGGAUGAGAGACCCUACAGUUGUAAUGCACUGAGUGAGGAGCGUGUAACAGCUAUACGGUUUGGAAAGAGGAAUUCAUGGUGGAGAGAAGCUCCACAUGCGUUUGUGUGCGGCUGAAGCUUCGGCCGUGGAGAAACCCGAGGAAUCCCGCCCCGUGGAGAAACCAUGGAAGUGUGGCGACUGUGGGAAAGGCUUGUUUCCCGUCUGCCCUGGAGACUCAUUGGCGCAGUCACACUGGGGAGAGGCCGUUCCCCUGCCCUGACUGCGGGAAGGGCUUCAGCGAUUCCUCCAACUUUCGGAUCCACCAGUUGAUCCACAUGGGGGAGAGGCCCUUAAGUUGCCCCGAGUGCGGGAAGGCCUUUACCCAGGCCACCUCCUUGCUGACCUACCAGCGGGAUCAGGUGGCAUUGCAGGGGGAUUGAAAGAAAGACGGCCGAGUGCCUUUACCAACUGGACUAUCAACCCAGUUCCAGUGACUCCCGAGUUCGAUUCCCACAACAGAUGGCGGAAUUGGAAUUUGGUCAGAAAUUUGGAGUUCAGAAUCUAAUGGUGAAACCAUUG